GACGGCGCAUGGGAUCAUGUCUGUGGGCCGGUUGGGAUCUGGACGGCAUUGGUUGACCUUGGAAUCGUCGUCACCCUUACUAUCCCCUAUCACUUGAAUACUUCACCUGGAUACCUAGGAGGUAAGUGUCUGUAGUGCUUUCGAUCCGCGACCCGCACUUGCUCAGGACCACGACCACAACCACGACUCCGACCCCAAAUUAUUUUUGGAGGUCGAGUUUGCCGGGACAGGGAGAGUGAGACAGCCUCAGCCCGAUUGCGACAGCCUGGGAUCACGCCCCGCAUCUCGCCUUUCGGCCUCACCCUCACCAUCCUCCAUCCGACCUCUUCUCUCCUUUCCGUCUCAUCAGUGCGCGGUCCUUGGCGCGGAAACAGGAAAGGCACUGUCUACGCCUAGAAACCCCCAAAGAUAGUCCCUGUGCUCCACCAUGGCGUCUCUAACCGGACAGUCACCCGGACUGGCUGAGCAGCUGCAGCUGCAGCUGCUGGAAGACGCUAUUCCAGAGUCUCGGGUCCUCAUUAUCAUGACCGGUGGUACGAUCUGUAUGCGACCAUCGCCAUCGGGGUUUGUGCCUGCCAGAGGGUUCCAGGAACAGUGUCUGGCCCGGGUGCCGACUUUCAACAAUGGUUCUCCCGCCAGCAUGAUGGAUGUGGUCGUCAACGCAGCCGGCGAGGUCAGGGCUCAUCCCAGUCUCCGGACACCCCAGACGGCCUAUGGGCGACGGGUGCACUACACGGUCUUCGAGUUCGAAGAGCUCCUGGAUAGUAGUUCGAUCGAUGCCAAGGGUUGGGCGGAAAUUGCCCGGGCCGUCGAGCGAAACUACACGCUUUUCGAUGGAUUCGUCAUUCUCCACGGCACAGACAGCCUGGCAUAUACAUGCUCAGCGCUCAGCUUCAUGCUGCAAAACCUUGGGAAGCCCGUCAUUCUCACGGGAUCUCAGGCCCCCAUGCUGGAGCUGCAAAACGAUGCCACGGACAACCUCCUCGGAUCGCUGGUAGUGGCUGGCCACUUCAUGAUCCCUGAGGUGUGUUUGUACUUCAACAACAGACUGUUCCGUGGCAACCGGUCCAUCAAGGUCGCGGCCAGUGAUUUCGCCGCCUUUGACUCGCCGAAUUGUCCUCCACUGGCUGUGACGACCUCGAUGCGCACCAACGUCAACUGGGAACUCGUCAACCGACCGAGGAGCCUCGAGCACUUCCGGAUUACCACCAACCUUGACACUACACACGUGGCGUGUCUCCGUAUCUUCCCUGGGAUCAAGCCAGAGAUGGUUGAUGCCGUGCUGAAGUUGGACGGACUCCGCGGUCUUGUGCUUGAGACAUUUGGCGCCGGAAAUGCACCCAGCGGUCAAGACAAUGCCAUGACCAAGGUGCUGGCAGACGCCAUCAAGCGGGGGAUUGUUAUCGUAAAUGUCACGCAAUGUAUGACCGGGAGUGUGAGUCCGGUUUACGCCCCGGGCAUGAGUCUGUCACGAGCCGGUGUGGUUGCAGGGCUUGAUAUGACAACCGAAGCAGCCUUGACGAAGCUGUCCUAUCUUCUCGCCCUUCCCGAUUCCACCCCAGAAUGGGUUGCGAAGAGCAUGUCUGUAUCUCUGCGAGGGGAGCUGACGGAGGUUUCACAGCCAGCUUUCCGCCACCCGGAUGGGGCGCUCCCAGAGCGUGUGCAGUCCCUGACGGUGCUGGGCUACGCCAUCGCCCAGGGAGAUCUGGAACGCGUGCAGGAGAUUGUCACCCAGGAACACUAUUGGCUGCUGAAUGACGCAGACUACUCUGGCAAUACCCCUAUUCACCUUGCAGCAACAUCUCAAUCUAUCAACAUCCUCCAAUAUAUGCUGCUUCAAGGUGGCUCCGUUCAUCUGCGGAACCAGAAUGGGCGCACGCCGCUGUUCCUGGCCGCCAACGCCGGGCUAUCAGAGCACGUCUUGCUGCUCCGCAAGUCUGGCGCGCAUCUGCACUCUGAUGAGCGAGCUGCCGCGCAGCUACUUGCCCAGCGCCGCCCAGGCGUUUGGAGGCUGGCAGGUAUUGAGCGCGACGAGGGCCCAGAGAAUUCUUAAAACCUAGUUUUCACCGCACGGCGCCAUUCCUAAGCUAUGAAGGCCUCUAUCUGCCUAGCUUCAAGGUGAUAGUAGCAACUCAUUAACCUGACCUAUCUGGCCCGUUAUGGGGCCAUGGCCUGCUGUGGGGGGGGGGCAUCUGGACCCCACAGAUUAGACUAUCCAUCUUUAUAUAAAUAAG